AUGGUCGCUAAAGCUUCGGCCCCGUUCCAACAGACUCCCACCCUGGAGGUAGAUGGCAAGGUUUUUGCUCAGUCCACGGCCAUCGCCUCCUUCCUGGCACGGGAGUUCGGUCUCCACGGGAAGACGAACUUGGAGUCGCUGGAGAUAGACCAGUGGGUGAAUCUGCAGCAAGACAUAAUUGACGAGGUUCGCAGAGCCAAGCUGGAAAAGGAUCCAGAGAGAGUGGAAGAGAUCUGGAAAAACUUCAAGGAAACAUUCAGCCCGAGAUUUCUGCAGUUCUUUGAGGAUGGGCUGAAACAAAAUGGCACAGGAUUCCUGGUUGGAGAUCGGUUGACCCUGGCUGACCUGGUUCUCUUUGACGUCAUCACUGGCGUGGUGGCCAACAGAACCUGUGGCCUGGACAGUUACCCUCUGGUCAGAGCUCACGGGGACAAAGUUGCCGCCAUAGAAGGAAUCAGAGCCUGGGUGGAAUCUCGACCUGCCCUGUAG